CCCCUCUAGAGCAGUAGUUCGCAGUAGUGUUUGAUUUGUAAAGAUGGCGGAAGAGAAAGGGUCCACGGCAUUGACAGACAAAGAUGCAGACGUCAGUCUUUCUAUGGUGGAUGUAUUAGAAGAAAGUGAAGAGCUCGAGGAUGAAGCGAAUGCCGUUCUUGGUGGCAGUGAUGACAAAUACUGUACUUAUGUCCAGGGUGCUGUUAAUCGUCAAGCGAUUUAUGCCUGCGCUACUUGCAUCACUUCAGAUAUGGAUCCAGCUGGUGUCUGUUUGGCAUGUAGUUACGAGUGUCAUGAAGGGCAUGAUUUGGUGGAAAUGUAUACAAAAAGGAAUUUCACAUGUGAUUGUGGAAAUGACAGAUUCCCAAAUAUGACAUGUAAAUUCUUCACCAAUAAAGCGAAGGUAAAUAGUGACAAUAAAUACAACGAUAAUUUCCGAGGGUUGUAUUGUAUCUGUAAAAGACCCUACCCUGACCCAGAAGAUAAAAUUGAAGAUGAAAUGAUCCAAUGCAUAGUGUGUGAAGACUGGUUUCAUGGUAGGCAUCUUGGAGCUACACCACCACUGAAUCUGGACUAUGAGGAGAUGAUAUGCCGGAGUUGUAUGCAGGUUUGUGAUUUCCUUUGGCCAUAUGUGGUCAGCUCUGUUGAGAUGAAAAUUGUUACAGAUGAUUCCAAGGUACCUAUAAACGUUGAAGGCGGUCACGCUUCCACAUCGGAUGGAGACAAAUUAGUGGAUCAUAUUGAAGGUCAACAGGGUAAAGAGGUUACAAAUGGAAAUGAUGGACUCAAGGUGGCAGAUGAAAAUAAACAAAGUUCUGGAGAAGGGGCAAAUCGAAAUGAGACUGAGACUAGAAGCAGUGAUGUGGCUGAACAAGGGGAAGCAAACGCUUCUUCGAAUGAUUCGUCUGUAGAAGUGAUGUCUAAUUCAUGUAAAUUGCAGGAAUUGAAGAAGCGAGGUGUACCUGCUGAAGAUCAGGCAACAUUCUGGCCCACAGGAUGGAGAAAGAAAUUGUGCACUUGUGCCGAGUGUAUGCAACUAUAUGAAGAAAAACAUGUGGCAUUCCUAACAGAUUUGAAAGAUACGGUACAUCAAUAUGAAGAACAUGGCAAGUCUAAACAGACAGAUGGUUCACAGUAUGAACAAGGAAUAAGAGCCUUGUCUAAUAUGGAUAGGGUGCAGCAAGUAGAAGUUAUGCAUGGAUAUAAUGAUAUGAAGACUGAACUGAAAGAUUAUCUGAAAAGUUUUGUGGACCAAGGAAAAGUGGUCAGAGCGGAAGACAUCUCAGAGUUCUUUGAAACCAUGCAGGCAAGAAAGCGACAAAGAACCGACUCUGGACCAAAAGUACAGCAUUUCUGUCGCUGAAUUUAAAUAGCCAAUCAUGCAUAGUGAACCACUUUUAAUCAAAUCAUGUGUACACAUUUUUUUAAUGAAAAUAGUCACACGUAUCUGUAAUUUUGUAAUUUGAGACUUACAUUUAUUAUUUCUUUGUCACUGCCUUGUAACUUUCUUGCACAAAGUUUACCACAAAUUUUAGAUCAGAUAUAAUCAGGUCAACUUAAUUAAUUUUUAAUGGUAUGCAGGAAAAAUGUUCUCAUUUACAUACAAUGAAUUUACGUCAUCUCUCUCAAUGUUGUGUGUGUGUGUGAAAAUCUGUAAGUUUAGCUUUCAAAGCAUAAAAAAAAAAUAAAGUUCAGGAAAAAAUACUCUAUUUAAAACU